AAUUUCUGUGUCGUUGGAUCAUUCACAGCUACUGCCAGUCAGUUUUGGCGAGCGGUACGCUUAUUUUGUUUCGUGCUUAAUAUCACUUCUUUCAAAAGAUAAAAAUGAACAAGUUCAUUGCCGUGUACACUGCGUUUAGUCUGUUGGCGAUUCUCAUAGCCGACGAAGCGACCAAACCGUCGUGGGAUAAAGCUGAACAACCGUCAGCAGCUAUGGCAUUUAAUUCUAACAAUGAACGGCCGAGCAACGACGUAGAAGAAAUAGAAGAUAACCUCGAGUCUGAGCUCGAAUUGAAGAGAAUGAUUCAAUUUGUCACGCCAUUGAUGGCCAUCUUUCAGCAACAGAAAACAAAAUCGGGAGCGACGCGACAAAAACGAUUUUCUGCAGAAAUAAAUCCCGAUGAACUCAAUGGUACCGAAGAUUUUAAUUCAUCGCUCAUGAAGAUGGUGGAAGAAGGCCGGAAGCGAGGUUCAGGCCGGCGACCAAUGUACAAGUCUUCAUCUCAACCAAUACAGCCCGAUCGUAGUGGAUACGGAUAUGGCGACUCCUAUUCUUCGGGCUCAAGUUACGGAGGAGGUGGUGGCGGUGGAAGUUACGGUUGUUGUGAUAAAAAGGAUGAUCUGUUACCAAUUCUUGCCUUGACAGCACUGUCUCUAUUACUUCUCUAUUUGAUUGCGAUCGCCACGACGACGACAACCGCAGCAGCUCGAAUAAAAAAACGAUCGCAUGGAUCGAUCGAUGACAACGAUCUAAUAGACGACGAAAAUGUUGAGCCUGACAUCGAAUUGUUGGAUCCCCCCACCUGGGUUUCAAUGGUAGAUGAGCUCUGGAAAUCUGGCGAGGAUGAAGCCAGCGACGUUUGCGCUCUUAAAGCCCUCUGCCGAAUGAAUCGCUUGGCCCUCAGCUCACCUGGAUCGACUGGCUUGGCCGUUUCCUUGUCCAGUGUUCCACUCAGCUACUUGCUCCAUCACAGACAUCAGAGCGGUUUCUUGACUUAUUUGGACGCUUCGUUAAUGGGCCGCUAUGGAGAAAACUGCAGCAACAUGUUCAGUAGCUGCACGCGCCUUAAUUAAGCUUCAAAAGAUUCAAAAUUCUCGUAUGCUAUUACCUCGUAGCAGACAAAAUGUUACAAUAUCAUAUUACAAAUUUUUGAAAUUUCGAAGAUGUAAUAGCACAAACCAAAUUUCGUUAUCGACAAUUCGACAUUCAAGAUCCUGAUCAGCAAAAUCUUUAACUUUAGUAUGUGACGUUCUAUGUUGAUUUUUGUUAUUUAUUUUAUUUUUACUAGGGUUAAGGAUGGGGAUAACAUGUUGCACAAAGCGAACAUGACACACAGUUAAAGUGUUACCUGUUAUCAGGGGAUAUUAAAUGAAGUGAGUAGUGCUGUGGUACACAAAUACACUGUGCGUUUGGGAACAAAUAACAAAAUAAAAUAAAUUAUCUCAUC